AUGAACGGCGAGUUGCAAAUCAAAUCUGCUCCAUUUCAAAAUGCAAGAGGAACGCGAGGAGAUCAGCUGAUGUCGGUGCCAGGCCCUCGUGUGGCUGUUACUCUCGUCUACAAACUUAAUAAGAAGUGCAUAUUGAAGACUUCAGAUAUCUUAACCUGCUGGAAGACACGUGGAAAAAUUGUUGCAGUGGUCUUCACAGAAUUACUAAUGAUUUUCAAAAAAAUGUCAUGCUCCCAACUAGAAAAUGUUGUUAAAUUUGGAAAUGGUACGAAGAUAGAACAUACGUGCUUGAAAACAGACGCCACAGACAACCACAACGAGAAGCCCCACAUCGAGCCACAGCAGCCACAGCAAGACAAUUUUUCUUAG